UUUUUACUAUACCGUAUUCAUGUUAUGCUGACAUUUCAAGAGAAACUAUAGAAUGGUAAGAGGAAAAGAAAGACCAGCAUUCUUCCUUCCUUAAUACCAAUAUUCUAUGCUUAAUUGUGUGCCAUGCUCUCUACGAGGCUUUACAAAAGAAUAUAGAAGAAAAAGAAGAACAGAGGAAGGAGAAGCUCUGUUUGUCAGGAGGAAGGAUAUCAUAGUUGUUCAUUUGCAAUCUUAUUCCUCUUCUUUUUCUUCUAUUCGAUGAUAGCAGCUGGGACAUGUCGGAAGAGGAAGCGGGUCUGUCGUGUCAUUUUCUCUUCAUCCUCUCCUUAAUUCUUAUUACAGGUCGGGCGAUAACUGCCAAAGAGACUCCACAGAGCGACAAGGAAGUCCUGCUUCAGCUUAAGGACUUCCUCCAAAAGAACAACCUCAUAUACAGAGGUGGCUAUGCUCAAUGGAAUGAGUCCGAAACCUCCCCCUGUAACUGGCUCGGCAUUGGCUGCAGCGGCGACGGGCGUGUCACCCGUGUUGACCUAUCCGCCUCCAACAUCUCCGGCGCCAUCUUCCCCAGCUUCUCCCUCCUCACCGAGCUCGCGUUCCUUGACCUCUCAGCCAACACCAUCGGCGGCCGCAUCCCGAGCGACCUCAACAGUUGCGUCAACCUCCGGUACCUCAACCUCUCCCACAACCUCCUCGAUGGAGAAUUGAACCUGACCGGACUGAACAAUUUGGAGACGCUCGACCUUGGCAUCAAUCGGUUCGUCGGAGAGAUCCAGUCCAACUUCCCGGCGAUAUGCGAGAACCUCGUCACCCUCAACAUUUCAACAAAUAACUUGACCGGAGAGAUCACCGGCCGCAUCGAUCAGUGCCCCAAGCUCCAGUACCUCGACCUGAGCUCGAACCAGUUCUAUGGAGAAAUCUGGGAUGGCUUCUCCAAGCUCAGGGAAUUCGUGGCAUCCGAGAACCUUUUCACCGGCAAAUUCUCUGCAGAGAGCUUCCGAUCGGACUGCGGGCUCGAAAUCUUGGACCUUUCGGCGAAUAGUUUCGAUGGAGUCUUCCCCGAUUCGAUUGCCAACUGCUCGAAGCUAAACCAUGUGAGCCUCUGGGGGAAUUCCUUCACCGGCAGGGUGCCCUCCGGCAUCGGAUCACUCUCACAGCUCCAAACACUCAUACUAGGCAAAAACAGUUUUGAUCGAGACAUCCCCAGCGAGCUGCUGAAUUGCUCCAAAUUGGUGUUCCUUGAUGUCAGCAAGAACUAUUUUGGCGGUGAAAUCCAACAAAUUUUCGGGCAAUUCACAACAUUGAGAAACUUGGUCCUGCAUACUAAUCAGUACACCAGCGGCAUGGAGUCCUCCGGCAUCUUCAAGCUUCCGCACCUUGCAAGAUUAGACCUCAGCUACAACAACUUCACCGGAAAUCUCCCUGUCCAGAUCGCCGACAUGCCAAGCCUCAGAUACUUGAUUCUUGCCUAUAAUAACUUCAAUGGAAGCAUCCCGCCGGAAUUCGGCAACAUCACCGAACUCCAAGCACUCGAUCUUUCCUUCAAUGAACUCACCGGCUCGAUCCCUCCGACGAUCGGAAAGUUAAAGUCCCUCCUCUGGCUCAUGCUAGCCAAUAAUAAUCUCCAAGGAGAAAUUCCGCGGGAGAUCGGGAACUGCAGUAGCUUGCUGUGGCUGAACCUCGCCAACAACCGUCUCACGGGGAAAAUUCCACCGGAGAUAUCGACAAUUGGGAGCGAUCCAGUCCCGACAUUCGAGAUCAACCGCCGCGACAGCCUCAUCGCCGGCUCCGGCGAGUGCCUGGCCAUGAAGCGGUGGAUUCCGGCUUCCUACCCGCCCUUCAGCUUCGCCUACGUCCUGAUGACGACAAAGAACUGCCAGUUUAUUUGGGAUCAGCUUCUCAAGGGGCAUGGGAUUUUCCCGAUGUGCCUGAAUUCCACCUCGCCCUUCCGGACGCUGACGAUCUCCGGCUACCUCCAGCUCUCCGGAAACCAGCUUUCAGGCGAGGUCCCGCCGGAGAUCGGCCAGAUGAGGAAUCUUAGUUUAGUCCAUCUCAACAUCAAUCAGCUCUCCAGCCGUCUGCCGCCGGAGAUCGGACGGCUCCCGCUCGUCGCCCUCAACGUCUCCAACAACAGCUUCUCCGGCCCGAUCCCACCGGAGCUCGGCGGGAUCCAGUGCCUACAGAACCUGGAUCUCUCGUGCAACAACUUCUCCGGCGAGUUUCCAGCAAGCCUCAACCGCCUCGCCGACCUCAGCAAGUUCAACGUCUCCUUCAACCCCCUCCUCUCCGGCGUCAUCCCAGUCGCGGGCCAGAUCGCCACCUUCGACAACGACUCAUUCCUCGGCGACCCACUCAUCUCCUUCCCCAACGCCCGCGCCAAUCCCUCGCCGACGACCGGCGGCCGGACCUCCGGCCACAAGAGCGAUUCUCGGAAGGUGGCAUUCUACGUCUUCCUCGCCCUCACCGUCAUCUUUUCCUUCAGCGGCGUUCUCACCUUCGUCCUAUGCGUCGGAUUCCGUUCACCGGUCGUCGACGCCAUUCCCGACUUUCCCGACCCGGACGUCCUCCUCUUAGACGGCGUCAAGCGGAGAAGCGACGUGGCGGAAUCGUCGUCAUCCAUGUCGACAUCCGAACCCUCCUCCACAACUUCCUCGGAUGGAAUUAAAGUCUUCCGUUUGGAUAGAACGCUGAUCACCUAUGACGGCAUCGUAACGGCGACGGCGAACUUUUCCGAGGAUAUGGUAAUCGGGCGAGGGGGAUACGGGGUGGUUUACAGGGGGGUGCUCCCAGAUGGGAGACACGUGGCGGUCAAGAAGCUGCAAAGAGGAAGGGAGGGAGGGGGAGAGAAGGAGUUCCGUGCGGAGAUGGAAGUGCUGGCCGGUCGGACCGGGUCCGGCUGGCCCCACCCGAACCUUGUGGCCUUGUAUGGUUGGUGCCUGGUUGGUUCAACGAAGCUUCUGGUCUACGAGUUCAUGGAAGGGGGGAGUUUGGAUGAGGUGAUCUCGGACUGGACCCGGUUCGGGUGGGCCAGGCGGUUGGAGACAGCGGUUGGGGUGGCCCGAGCGCUGGUUUUCUUGCACCAUGAGUGCCGGCCGGCCGUGGUUCAUCGGGACGUGAAGGCGGGUAAUAUCUUGCUGGACCGGGCUGGGCGGGCGAGGGUGACGGAUUUUGGGUUGGCGAGGGUGGUGGGGGCCGGAGAGAGCCACGUGAGCACGGUGGUGGCGGGGACGGUGGGGUACGUGGCGCCGGAAUAUGGGCAUACAUGGCGGGCGACGACAAGGGGCGACGUGUAUAGCUUCGGGGUGUUGGCGAUGGAGCUGGCAACGGGGAGGAGGGCGGUGGAUGGAGGGGAGGAGUGUUUGGUGGAGUGGACGAGGAGGGUGGCAGGGGAGGGAUGCAUGGCGUUGAGAAGGGCGAUGGUGCCGGUGAUGGCGGCGGCAGCGGUGGAGGAGGAGGAGGAGGAGGUGGUGGAGGGGCUGGCUGAGAUGUGUAAGUUAUUGAGGGUAGGGAUGAGAUGCACGGCAGAGGUGCCACAGGCGAGGCCAGACAUGAGGGUGGUGCUGGCCAUGCUGCUUAGUAUCUACAGCAAUGGCGGCGACGCCGGCGGCGGUGGUGGAGGAGGAGGUGAAGGCUGACUUUCCUCGCCAAAGUGAUAGUGGAAUGUUUUGAUACGGUAUAGUGAACAGAUUUUUAAAUGUAUAGACACACAGUUGUUUCUUUCACAUUCAAAAUUCAUUCUUUGUGAAUGAUAAAUGAGAUUUUGCUUGUGGAUGAUGAUCAAUAACUUGCAUAUGCUAUGCAAUUUUUUUUUUUUAUUUGUUUAAUUUACAUCUUGUUGCUGGGAAAAUUAUUAUAUUUAACGCUUAUGAAGAGAAUUAAGAGUA